AUGUCCUCUUCAUUUAGUCCAAUUGUAGGUAUCUCCUUCGGUAAUACAUCGUCCUCGAUUGCAACGGUUAAAAACAACGAUAAAGUUGAAGUUAUUGCUAAUCCAGACGGUGAAAGAGUCAUUGCCACAGCUUUGUCAUACCGUGAUGGUGAUGAAUAUCAUGGUGGACAAGCUAUUCAACAGUUGAUCCGUAAUCCUAAAAACACCAUUAUCAAUUUCCGUGAUUUAAUUGGACAACCAAAGUUUAGCAAAUUGAGUGAGGAUUUGAAAAACCGUUGCUCUGCAGGUGCUCCUAUUGUUGACAUUGGUGAUGAUGUUCCAGGUUUUAUCAUUACCAAUUCCGAAAGCAACAAAGAGAUUAAAUUAAGUGUAGAUGAAGUUGUUGCCAGACAUUUAAAGAACUUGAAGCUGGCUGCUGAUGACUAUAUUGGGGUUAACAACAAAAAAGCUGUGAUAACUGUACCAUACGAUUUUAAUGACUUACAAAAGGAAAGGAUUGCUAAAGCUGCCUCUAAAGCCGGGUUGGAAAUUGUUCAAUUCAUCCACGAACCAAGUGCUGCUUUAUUAUCGCAUUUGACCACCAAGACCACAUCUAUUCAUAAAGAUUCCAAUGUUGUUGUUGCUGACUUUGGUGGGUUGCAAAGCAGUGUUACUGUUUUUGCUAUUAGAAACAAUGGUAUUUUCACUAAGAUCUAUACUGAAUCUAGACAAGAUUUGGGUGGUUCUAAAAUCGAUGAUGUUUUGAUUAAAUAUUUAAACAGUGAGUUUCAAAAGAAGACGAAGGUUGAUGCUACCAAAAACCCUAGAUCUUUGGCUAAAUUGAAAAGCAAUGCUAUUUUAACCAAAAAGACCUUAAGUAACACCAGUAACGCCAAUAUUAGUAUUGAUUCCUUGGCAGAUGGCUUAGAUUUCAACUCUUCAAUAAAUGUUUUCAAGUACGACUUGGUUGUAAGAAAUGUUAUCAAUGAAAUGGUUACAUUUGUUGAGCAAGCUGUUGAGAAAUCAGGUUUAGAUAAAUUAGAGGUUGAUUCUAUAUUGUUAACCGGUGGUGCCUCAUUUACACCUAAAAUUACCCAAACUUUACAAGUUGUUUUCCCAGAAAACCAGGUGAAAGUUAUUUCUUUGGUUGCAGGCAAUGAAUUGCAACACCCAGAUGAGAUGUUAAGCGCUGGUGCUGCUGUACAGGCUUCUUUAUUGGCUGAUGAUCUGUAUGAAGAAGAUGAUUUAGAAAAACUUUUGGAACAUUCUGUUGACGUUCCUCAAUUGAAUGAAUGUAUUGGUAUUUUGGAUGGUUCAAAGAAAUUUGUUACUAUAUUUGAUAAAUACACUAGUUUACCAGCCAGACAAUCGUUUAAAUUGAAGUCUUUAGUUGACGGUGCCGAUUUAGAGGUUUAUACUGGUAAAUUAAACAUUAAAGAAGAAAUCAUUGAGAAAGAAGAAGCCCCUAAGAAGGAGGAGAAAAAAGAAGAUGAUGAUGAUGAUGAUGAGAGUGAUUGGAGUGAAGAUGAAGAUGAUGAACCAGAAGUUUUAAAAACUAAGGAAAUCGAGCCUGUUGAGAAAUUAGCUGAAUUAGGUAUUAAAGCUACCAAGAAUGGAGUUGAAUUGAUUUUUGAAAUUUCUAGAGAAAAUAAAUUGAAGGUCAUUGCCAGAGAUUUGAAAACUAACGAAGUCUUGCAACAGAUUUAA